UCUCUCUCUCUCUCUCUCUCUCUCUCUAACCCUAAUUCUCUCUUUGUGUCUGCGUGUGUUCGCCAUGUCGACUCCGAGAUCCGCCGAGCCGGAGGGCUCGAAGACCCGGCUCUACAACCCGUACCAGGACCUGCAAGUCCCGAUUAAGAACCUCUACAACCUCCCCACCUCCCCGGAGUACCUCUUCCACGAGGAAGCCCUCAAGCCCCACCGCUCCUGGGGCGAGAACCUCCAGUUCUACACCGGGUCCGGCUACCUCGGCGGGGCCAUCGCCGGCGGCGCCAAGGGCACCCUCGACGGGAUCAGGUCCGCCGAGCCCGGCGACACCCUCAAGCUCCGCGUCAACCGCGUCCUGAACUCCGGGGGUCAGAUGGGUCGGCGGCUCGGGAACUCGCUCGGGGUCGUCGGGUUGAUAUUCGCCGGGUUGGAGAGCGGGUUGCUUCACUGGAGAGGGACCGACGACAUGUUGAAUAGCGUCGCUGCUGGGUUAGGCACGGGUGCGCUUUUUAAGGCAGCAGCAGGGCCCAGAUCGGCAGCAAUUGCUGGGGCGAUCGGAGGGAUUGCAGCGGUUGCGGCAGUUGCUGGGAAGCAGGCUAUGAAAAGAUAUGUGCCAAUAUGAGACCUGCCAAUAUGAUUAAGUCUCAUUCCUUGGGAAGGUGCAUUUCUGGCAAUAUCGAAGAGCUUGUGGAAGUUGUGUCCUUAGAAUUUACUCUUUUUCGCCCUUUUUCGCCCUUUUUCAAAGGCUUAUUGUAAGGAAGGCGAGUUUCUGGCAAUAUUAAGGAACUUGCAGCUGAACUGGAUAAAUCAUACGGAUCUUCAGAAUUUGCUUUCUUAAAGAUGUGUAAAGAGCUUGUGAUGAUCCAUCCGUAGAAAGCUUCUUAGUUUCUCUCAUUUUUGUAUAAAUUCUCAAAUGUGCACUGUAAUUUGGUCCAUGUUACACGGUACAUCAUGGGGUUCUACCAAAUCAUAAUUUACUGCCGUCGUCACUCAUUCA